GUCUAUUCUUGUAAGUGCUAGAAAGCAGUGAAAGCGUCUUGGUACUCUGCCUAGAGAACAGUGAAUGACUGGCUACCUGUCCUUACUUGCAUCUUCCUGUAUGUUGCAUGCUUCCGUCAGAUACUCUGAUCUCUCUCUUUCCUUCUGUAGAUGGGGCUUUCUCAAGAUUCUUGUGCUUUUCUUGAACUGGAUUUUUAAGUUUUUUUGAAACGUCUGAUAGUACUUCUGAAAUGAACCUUCCUGCCUAUCUAGAAAUACUAUUAAUAUUUAAGAUGAAGAACUUCCUGAUUACAUUAUGGUGAUGGUAGCCAACAAGAAAAGCCAGGACCAGAUGGCAGAGGACCUGUCCUUGUUCCUAGGGAGCAACACAGUGCGAUUCACCGUGUGGCUUCAUGGUGUGUUAGAUAAACUUCGCUCUGUUACAACUGAACCCUCUAGUCUCAAGUCCUCUGACACCAACAUCUUUGAUAGUAACGUGCCUUCAAGCAAGAGCAACUUCGGUCGGGGGGAUGAGAGGAGGCACGAGGCUGCGGUGUCCCCCCUUGCUGUGUCCAGCACUAGGCCUGAAAAAAGAGACUCCAGGGUUUCUGCUAGUUCACAGGAGCCUAAAGCCACUAGUGCCAGACAGGCGUAUGAUGAUGGAGCUGCAACCCGCCUGAUGUCAACGGUGAAACCUCUGAGGGAGCCAGCGCCCUCAGAAGAUGUGAUUGACAUCAAGCCAGAGCCAGAUGACCUCAUUGACGAAGACCUCAAUUUUGUGCAGGAGAAUCCCUUAUCUCAGAAGAAAACAACAGUGACACUUACAUACGGUUCUUCUCGCCCUUCUAUGGAAAUCUAUCGUCCACCUGCGAGUCGAAAUGCGGAGAGUGGUGUUCACAUCAACAGGUUGCAGUUUCAGCAACAGAACAGUGUUCAUGCUGCCAAGCCACUCGAUCUUCAGAGCACCCGAGUGUAUGAGGCAGGACGCUUGUGUGACCCAGAAGUGCUCAGCAGCUUAGAGGAAACCUAUAGUCCCUUCUUUAGAAGCAGCGCGGAAAAAAUGAGUAUUGAGGAUGAAAAUUUUCGGAAGAGAAAGUUGCCUGUGGUAAGUUCAGUUGUCAAAGUAAAAAAAUUCAAUCAUGAUGGAGAAGAGGAGGAGGAAGAGGAUGAUUACGGGUCCCGAGCAGGAGGUGUUUCCAGCAGUGUGUCUGUGCCGGCAAAGCCCGAGAGGAGACCUUCUCUUCCACCUUCUAAACAAGCCAACAAGAAUCUGAUUUUGAAGGCUAUUUCUGAAGCUCAAGAAUCUGUAACAAAAACAACAAACUAUUCUACAGGUAAUUUAAUCCCACAGAAACAGACGCUUCCAGUUGCUCCCAGAACCCGAACUUCUCAAGAAGAAUUACUAGCAGAAGUGAUCCAGGGGCAAAGCAGGACCCCCAGAAUAAGCCCCCCCAUUAAAGAAGAGGAAACGAAAGGGGAUACUGUAGAGAAAAACCAAGGAACUCAGCAGAGACAGUUACUAUCCCGACUGCAGGUGGACCCAGUGAUGGCUGAGACGCUGCAGAUCAGCCCAGAUUUCUAUGACAUGGAGUCCAUGGUCCAUGCAGACACGCGAUCAUUUAUUCUGAAGAAGCCAAGGCUGUCUGAGGAAGUAGUAGUGGCGCCAGACCACGAGGCGGGGAUGAAGACGGCAGAGGCCCCUCGGGCCCUUUCGGGACACCUUAUGCAGACACGGGAUCUUGUACAACCAGAUAAGCCUGCAAGUCCCAAGUUUAUAGUGACGCUGGACGGUGUCCCCAGCCCCCCAGGAUACAUGUCAGACCAAGAGGAGGACAUGGGCUUUGAAGGAGUGAGACCCGUAAACCCAGCUGCAGCCUCCAGCAAGGGACUCAGAGGCCUCCUGCAGCCUCCGCACAGUCUCAGGCAGCCUGAGGACCCAGAUGGUAGCUUUUCCGACGCAGAGAUGAGCGACCCAAGUGGGGCCCCGAAGCCGGAGCUGCUCCCCGAGCGCUGCAAGUACUGGCCAGCCUGCAGGAACGGCAGUGAGUGUGCCUACCACCACCCUGCGGCACCCUGCAAAGCCUUUCCCAACUGUAAAUUUGCUGAAAAAUGUUUGUUUAUUCAUCCAAAUUGUAAAUAUGAUGCCAAAUGUACGAAGCCGGACUGUCCUUUCACUCACCUGAGCAGGAGGAUUCCAGUGCUGCUUCCGAAGCCAGCAGUGACAACACCAGCAUCUCCUUCAAGCAGUCAGCUCUGCCGUUACUUCCCGGCUUGUAAGAAAAUGGAGUGUCCCUUUUAUCAUCCAAAACACUGUAGGUUCAACACUCAGUGUACAAGGCCUGACUGUACCUUCUACCAUCCUGCCAUUACUGUACCACCACGACAUGCCUUGAAAUGGAUCCGACCUCAAACCAGUGAAUGACACUCAGACCUACGUGGCAGAAGAUCAUGCAGCUUGAAAGUUUCCAUCUACUGAUGAAAGAUACUCUCUAGAACUUGUCAGAUCUUUGAAACUUGGAAUAUAUUGCUUUCAUAUGAAGUUUAUUGCCUCCCUGAAGUGUCUAAUUUUUUCAAGUUUGUAAGUUUACUGCGGUUUUAACAUUGGGUGUUUUUGUUGUUUUGUUUUUGCUAUAAAAAGAUAGUUUAAAGAAAAGCAAGAUUCUGUUAAAACCUGGGAGGCACAUCUGUACCCAGCAGUUGUUAAGGGUCAGCAUUUCUCACGCCAUGUCAUGGUAGCCAUGGGAGCACUGCUCAGGGCUACGUGGUGGCUGUGUCUGGAGGGUGCCGGGAGGCAGCUGUCACUCUGGAGUUGAACUGCUGCUCUCUGAGAUUGUAGAAUGGUCACAAUCCACCAUGAAACAGGAGUGGCUAGAAGGACUGAGGCGGCUCACCAGUCGUUUGUCUGCUUUUUAAUUUUUAUAAACGAAUAUCGUUUGAAAAGCAUGAUAACAGGCUGCAAAGGCUGAGAGCCACUUGGUGACAUUCCAGUGUCCUUGCCUUCUGUGACAGGAGCAAAGUGGUUGUGGAGGGGGCACAGCUAGAUGGCAAGUGCAGAAAAGGGCAGUUCCCAACAGUGCUCUCAGUCACGAGAAACAGGCUUUCUAAAUAAACUGGAGGAGCUACAUUAUCACAAAGUUGUACAAAUUUUUUUUACAAGUAUAUACAUAAGGUAUCAGAAAACAGACUUUAAACUCACAAGAUUAUAAAUAUACAUAUAUAUUCUCACAUUCUGAAAAAUAACAUUCUCAGAAAUAGCUCCACAGAAAAUAUACUUAGUUACUACUGAAGAUAAUUUUUGAAAUGUGAAAAUUAGAUUUAAAUAGUAUAUUUUAAAUGACAGAAUUAUAAUUACAGAGAUCAGAUGAGUAAACCGCAAAAUAGAAUGAAACUUUGGGCCUAGUGUAUUAAUUACAGAGUUUUGUGUGUGAUUUUUAAAAUUGUUAAGGCAAGAAGUGUCAGAUGCUGUAGAGUUAACCAACAAAUGGAUCACUGACUUCAGAGACUUGGUGUUAUCAUAGCAUUUUAAAAAUUAAAGCUUAAAAGGUGGUUAGAAAAGAGUGGGUUAAUGCAGAAGGGAUACUAAAGACUGAAACAUCCUCAGGACCAAAUUAAACUCCCUGCAGACAGAACCUGCCGACUGCUCAGUCACAUGCCCAGGUGGUGAUAAGCCCGUGUCACACAAGUCCAUGUUUCAGAUCGCAGAGCCAGCGGUCUGUUUUGUUGCUACUGCUCUUCCAUUGGGAGAAGAAAGAACCAGUCAUUAAACCACUUGGUAAGCUGCGCUUUGCCGUGCUGAGCCCAAAGACAAGACUUGAAACACGAGCAGCCGCAGAGACAGGCACACAGGUGCACGUGGCCGUUGUCCGGCGUGGGUGAAAUGACAGCUCCACCUCCUCCUGAAUCUACCCACUGAAUUUAAGGCAUUUGUUGUUCAUUCCAAUGUUACUUAAUUGAGAUACAUCUUUGCAGAAGAAGAUUGCUUAAAAUCACUUAAAUUUCUGAAAAUAAGACUGUGGCUAUCAUAAAUGAUAUAUAAUUGCGUUCUCAUAGUUUCAGUAUAAAGAACGUAAAUGGGAAACAAGGGCUUAAUUUAGUUCAGCUAUUUUACAUGGAAAUAAAAUGAAUGUUAAAGUCUGA